AUGACUCUUUUGACCCUUGAAAGCUGGUUGGAGAUUGCCCAGCGACCAAAUGAACUGGCCGCCAAUGAGACCGGCGACAAGGUCGUCAGCGGUGCCCUUUUUAUAGGCGAGGAUACCACCGAUCCGGAUGCGCACGGUGCAAAAUUAUUUGAACGUCCAAAGAACCAUCCAGUCGCCGUGAGUUCGAUCAUCCAGUAUUCUAGCAACGCAACAGAAUUCCACCCUUCGUCCCAAUCGCUAAAGGAGGCUGCCAACAGCUACGAUGACUUUAUCAAGAAGGUCUCCAGCUUCCCUGGCUUUAGGUUUACCAGCAGUCAUCACGAUGAAAUUCGCCAUAAUGGCAAUAUCCAAACACUCUUGAAAGAGGUCAACAAAGUCUAUCUACGCGGCCAUGACAAAGAGCAAAAGGAUGCCACAAACAAGAUCUUAAGUGGACUCUUGUCACAUGAACACUCUGGCGAGCGCAGUUACACGAUUUCCCAUUUGACCAUCGAAAACCUCGGCACCAAUGCCGAUUUGAAAAUCUAUAUCCUGGCUAUCAAUCAAGACGUUGACCAUGAUGAUAAUGGUAUGAUUACGUUGACGGAGGAUCGGGCCGGUUUGACCGUCAGCGAAUUCACGGUGAACCGCGGAUUCCUGGUUUCUAACGCAGAUAAGCUUGGCGAAAAGAUCUCGCGAGCCGAGAUUAAGGAUGUUGUGAAAGACUUGACCACUCCUCAUUGCGUUGUGCUCUCUUAA